UCAUAGGCGGGAAAAAUUAGAGAUUUUUGAGAAAUUAGGGUAAAGAUCUAAUCGCUCAAACACCAAAAAGAAAUUCUAGAAAUCUUUGGUGGUUUUGUGACAAUCAGAUUAGAAACGUCUCAAAUUUAGGGAUUUCGGUAUCAUUACACAGACUUCUAAGAGUGUAACUGGAUGCCCUAGAUAGAGAUUGGUAGCGUGGUGACUAUCAUCACUCAUAAUGUACAUCAAUCAGGAACAAUAUAUGACUCCUGAUUCUUUAAGGAGUACUACUACUAGUAGUAGUAGAAGUAGGAACAGCAUUUCAAGAAUCGAUCAGUACCCAAAACCUACUCAAAGUAUUAAGAGAGAAAUUCAUGGCCCUUGUCGGAACCACAAAUUUCGCCGAUCACCGGAUGUCGUUACAAACACUUUCUCACAGGAAAAUCAGUAUAAGAUGAUGCUGAUUCAUCGGUAUGAGCAGGCUAAGAGUUCAGCUCUUGAUACUUUUCGGUAUUUGAGAAAGAGUGAUUUUGAAACUCGGAGUUCUUCUAAGAAGGAUGUAAUUUCUGAAGCUUCAAGUUUAGACGAAGAUUCACUGCAGAGAACACCAGUGUCUGCUGGAAGUACUGAUUCUUCGUUGCAUAGAAAAUAUGCAAAUUGUACUGAUAAUCGAAGCCGGGGUUUACUCUUUACUGGUCUGAGUGUGGAGUGGAGUCUGCGUUCAUGCAGAAAGGGGCACGAGUCUGCAGAGAAGCAAAAGCUGGAUGUGAAUAACUUAACCUCCGAAGUUCGGGAAAGGUUAAUAAUUGCAAAGGAACCUCUAAAUAAACAAGAGGAGGGAUUCAGUGAGCUUUUUGCUCCACUCACGGAGGCUGAACAGAAUCAAGUGUCUAUUGCCUUUGCUAGAGUCAAUAGGCAGAAGAUCUUGGUUGCGCAUCAGCAUUCUAAUAUUGAAAUUACAGGCCAAAUUUUGCAGUGCUUGAAACCACGUGGUUGGUUGAAUGAUGAGGUCAUUAAUGUCUACUUCGGAUUGUUGAAGGAGAGGGAACAAAGAGAACCAAAAAAGUUUUUGAAGUGUCAUUUCUUCAACACGUUUUUCUAUAAGAAGCUAAUUAGUGCGAGGGAUGGUUAUGACUUCAAAGCUGUCAGAAGAUGGACUACUCUAAAGAAGAUAGGAUACCACCUUCUUGAAUGCGACAAGAUAUUUGUACCUAUCAUCAAAAACCUACAUUGGUGCUUGGCUGUUAUCAAUAAGAAGGAUCAGAAGUUUCAGUAUUUUGAUUCACUCAAAGGCAUUGAUUACCAAGUUCUUGAAGCCCUGGCUAGAUAUUACAUGGAUGAAGUAAAAGAUAAAAGUGGCGAAGACAUAAACACAGCUUCUUGGACUUUUGAGUGUCCCCAUGACAUACCUACUCAGGAGAAUGGGUCGGACUGUGGCAUGUUCAUGAUCAAGUAUGCUGAUUUCUUUAGCAGGGGUCUGAGUCUGUGUUUUAGUCAGAAAGAUAUGCCCUAUUUCCGAGAAAGAACUGCAGUGGAGAUACUGAGCUUAACAGUCGAGUGAAUACGAGCCAUCAAAUUGGCAUCCUACCACGUGGCCAAGUGUGGUAGUGAAGACUAAAUGACUGAUCUACAUCAGAAUCAAGAUAUGCAGAAGUUAUUUCCAAAAAAGAAAAGAAAAAAAGAUAUGCAGAAGUUAACAUUGCACAUGUUGAUAAGAAGUUCUGAAGUAUACAUCCACGUGAUGAUAUUGGUUGAAGAAUCUGGCUUUUGGCUGAUUCCAAGAAUUGGGGUUGGGGCUGGACAGCAAUUUUAUUUUUGUGUUGGCAAUUUUCCUUUUCUCUUGCCAAUUACCAUAGACACACUAGUUGUACAUGAUUAUUCAGUCAGCCACCAUGUUUAGAUCCUAGACAUCAUUGUACUAGUGUAGUAUUGAUAUGUGAAGGGUCUAAAGGUGAAAUUGAAAUCCCUGUUGUGUA